UGAACGUUGGGUAUAAGUACUCUAACAUUUGUUAAUAAAGUAUUAUUCAUUCGAAUCUUUUAGCAAGUACACCUGUAUUUCUAAUAAUAUUGUUUAAUUGAUAAGAAAAUGGAAAACAUUAUUACACCAGACAAAAAUUUACGUCCUUGCAACGAUGAACAACGGAAUUCACUACCAAAAGAUUAUUUUAGAUGGAGCGAAAAAAUACUUCCGAAUCUAAAAAACUCACCAGACUUUGUUGGACAAAUUGAUGCAGUAACAGGCACAAAAGAAACAUUUGGGUCAAUGGCCGAUAAAAGUAUAAGGUGUGCAAUUUGGUUGAAAAAACAAGGCGUCAAUCAAGGUGAUAUUGUUGGAUAUUGUUCAGAUAAUAAUUUAGACUCUUGUAUCCCUUUAUUUGCAUCUAUAUAUGUCGGAGCAAUUUUUAAUCCAUGGAGUGAUGAUGAUUUAAGUAAAGAUGUAGUCGAGUAUUUCGUUGAAUUAACAAAACCUAAAGUAGUUUUUGUCGAUGAAAAAUCAGCAAAGAUUAUUCUAAAAUCAAUUCCAAAUAUCACUGAUAAAUUAAAAUUCGUUGUUUAUGGAAAAAUUGAUGGUAUUGAGUCUUUUGAAGAUAUUUUAAAAGAUGUGGACUUAAAAGAAGUUGAUGAAUUUAAACCUAUGAAAAUUGAAAGUCCUGAUGUGCCUCUAACAAUUUUGUAUACAUCAGGUACAACUGGUCAAGUAAAAGGUGUGCUACAUACACAUGGAUCAUUAGGAACGAUAUUUAGUAACAAUAAUUCCAAUUUUCAUGAUCAACAUAAACAUGUUCAUACAUGGUUUUCAACAUUAACUUGGAUAUCUGCUUUUCUGAGCACAAUCAAGGGAGUAUUAUUCAAAUCAACUGCAAUUAUCCACAACUGUUCAGAUGUGGUUGAAUCAUUAAAACUAUUUGAUAAAUUUAAAAUAACAAUGUUCGUAAUGGGUACCGGUCUAGCAAAUAGAUUGUGCAAAUCAAAGUUAAAUAUGUCAAAUUAUAAUUUAUCAUCGGUUGUUCAGGGAAUAUUUGGAGGUGUUGUUAUAACAAAAAUAGUAGAAAAUUUUUUAACAAAAUUAUUUCCAAAUGCUUCUUUGGUAUCAGCUUAUGCAUGUACAGAGUUUGGUUUGAUUAGUCGAGGAAUAAUUCAUCCUGAAAAAUCAACAGCAGUUGGAAAAGUAUCUUCAGGCGUCAUGUUAAAAGUAAUUGAUCCGAAAACAAUGAGAGUUCUUGGAGCACAUGAGGAAGGUGAACUCUGUGUUAAAGGCUCUACUAUCAUGGCUGGUUACUGGAAAAAUCCUGAUGCUACAAAAAAAGCUAUAGAUCCAGAAGGUUGGUAUCACACUGGAGAUCUUGGUUAUUAUGAUGAAGAUGGAUAUAUAUGGGUUAUUGAUAGACUGUCAUUAAUGAUCAACUACAAAAAUCAUAAUAUACCAGCAACAAUUAUUGAAGAUGUUAUUCGAUCUCAUGGUUCAGUGGCUGAUGUUGGUGUUGUACAAAAGAAUCAUGAUGAAGACAUUGGGCAUGUAACUGCUUUUGUUGCCAAGUGUCCUGGUACUGAUAUAACCGAGCAAGAAAUAAUAAAACUAGUAGAAAAGGAAUUACCAGAAAAAAUGUGGCUUCGAGGUGGAGUUUAUUUUUUAGAUAAAAUGCCGUAUACAUCUUGUGGCAAAGUUUCCAAAAAAGAACUAAGUUUACUUGUGAACAAAUAAUUAUAAUUAUCAUCAGUUGUUUAAUUGUCCUUUUAUUUAAAAAAUAAAUAAAAACAUUUCUUAUCAAAUUAUCGUUAAUUUUAUCAGACAUUGAUACGAACAAUAAUAUACGUCGAAUAAUUACCAACGAAUUGUUAUUGAUAAUUAUUUUAAUAAAAAAAAAUAUUGACUUAUUUAAUCUUGACAAAACAUUAAUUUAUUUUAUCUGACAGGUAUUUUUGCAUUAGAGCCAAGUGAACGCUGGGUAUAAGUACGUUAACAUUUCUUAAUAAAGUAUUAUUCAUCUAAUUCUUUUAGCAAAUACACCUGUAUUUU